AUGCAGAUCUGCAACCGCAGACUUAGUUUGGCGCUGGGACUUCUUUUGCUUCUGGCGGCCCUGGGCAUCUUCAUGGACUUGCGCUCCUUCUUCGGCAAGCACCAAGGUGAAACUGCAGACACGACCCUUGCCAGAAAGCCAGGGCUUGACAUUGCAACAAACCGCUCAGAGUCCGAGUCCUCUCAGACAGACUUCAGCUUUGCCACCCAGACGCCCCAGCCCACAGCUUAUCAGCGCUUCCGGUACACACCCGAGGCGUUGCCCCUUUUCCGCGCGUGCGAGGAGAGAUUUCUCGGACUGCAGAGCUAUCGGAAGCUGCAGCAAAACCAUGUGACCCUUUGUGGGGAUGGCGCAUCAAAGAUUCUUUGUGCCCAAUAUGCGCAGGCGCAGAAGGUAUGGUCUUGCCAGAUGUACGAUGUUGUGGAGGUUCUGGAUCCCCAAGGGACACUGCACUGGGUUGCCCAAUGCACCAUGAACAGAAGCAUCGACCUCAAUGACUUCUUGAAGCCACUUCACAAGACACAUCCGCUGAGGAAUUCGAUGCAAGUCCGACGAAAGAUGGACACAAGACUGAGCCACGUCUUCACGAUCUUGGAAGACAAAGUAGAGGGUGAGCUGAUGGAUCAUGUAGCAGCGGCCUUGACAAAAUGGAAGAUCCAGAAGAAGAAAGCUCUUCGGGAGGGUAUGACGUAUGUGUCUGCUGGCGACUGCACAACAGGGAAUCCGGGACAUUGUCAAUCGGAUCAGCAAAAUCUUUUCAUCCUACAGAACUUGCUGGAAACAGCGGCUUUCAACCGAAACGAUACGCGGGUUGUUCUUUACAAGGGCUUUGGGAAGUCCGUGUAUGCCAAUGGCCCCAAGAGCAAGGCUCCGGACAGGCCUCAUCUCUUCGAAGAUUGGCAGUCGUUGUCUUCUGAGGUUAUACAGUACUGUCCUUCUGCGAUGAAGGUGUCCUUCCACGACUUGUGCUUGCACGAGGAUGCUUAUCUCCAGCAUGUGAGGCACGUCUUUACCAGCCCCAGUGGGUACACCGGCCCUCAUUGGUAUAAGUUUGAUAAAGACCAGUCAUGCCAAGGGCGAUCUCCUUUGCUACUUUCUUAUCAAAUGGCGGCCCUUCCCUGGUUCGAGUCGCAGUGGAGACAGAAGCCACAGGUAUACUCAGAUGCUUGCCGCUUCUUGCAAGAGCUCGCAAGUCAGCACAACCUUACGCUUUACAAUGUUGAGAUUUGCCGAAUCACACCUACCGAGUCCAACUUCUACCUCUGGAUCACCAGGAUCUCCUCAAAGAGCUGUUUCAAGCGGCCUGAGCAGCGCGGCUGCGGGCAGCGGGAUGUCAGCAACGGUGACGAGAUGGCCCUGCGACUCUCCAAAGUCUAUGCCAACGUCACGCUGCUUUUUGUGUCCUUUGGGGUCAUCCCCUACUUAGAUCAGAUCUUCCUCGUGCGCCAGGCAGACACCGUCAUUGCUGCACAUGGUGGCGGUUCCUGGAACACGGCGCGCUGGCUAAACGGUGCCUUGCAACAGCGCCUGCUAGAAAUCCUACCUGGGAACGCUCCGGCGAACACGUGUCCUCUCACGAGGAUGUUUGGUGGGCAGUUCACUUUCGUGAAGGCUCCAUGCCCCCAGUGCAAAUCGCGAACCAACACCUUGCUAAAGUUCGAUAAGUUGCUCCACGCCUUGGCAACCCGGCCGCCCCCGAUCUUCAAUUGCACCGGCCGGCUUCCAGACUUCCAGCCUCCUUAG